GGUGGGCGAGGCUUGCCGCCGGCCGAGGCGAGGGUGGGGCGCGCGGCGGGUUCAUCUCGGCCAGUCGGCGCGCGGCUCGGUGCUCCGGAGCACGCACAUCCAGUGCCUCCUCCACAUGGACCACCAGGGCGGCGACGACGGCGCGCCCAAGAAGAAGAAGCAGGCGCGCGUGUACUACGGGCCGCCCGUCGAGCAGACCUACGUGGACGACGGCGACGACGACGAUGACGAGAACGGAAAGACGCCUACCAUCGCAGAAAAUGGAGUCAUCAAGAAGAAAUCGUGCAUCGAGUUCAUGUACAACAAAGUCUACCCAGAUAGGAGUAUCGAAAC